AUGCAAGGAGGAACCGCGAUGAAGACUCGAUCGAAUCCGACGGGGAAGUUGCCGGAAGGAUUAGCCACAGAAAUAGGUCCGGAGACCGAUGAGCUGGCGGGGGUGCGUUUUCCCAACCUGCCCCCUUCAAUCAAACCAUCGGCCACCAACCAGCAACAGAGCAUCUUUCGAGGAGGACAAAACCAACGGCGUAGAUCUAGAUUCUGGAUAGAGACGACAAACCCAGCUACCGCCGUAUCGAAGUUUGGAGAGAAGACUGAAGAGCACAAGGGGUUGCAGGCCACGAAGCGGAUGGAAGAGCGAAGGAGGUUGAACGGCCUGGAGGAGACUAGCCGGAUUUGUGUUGCGUUUCGUCUGUUCGUGGGGUGGUCGAGAAUUGAAGUUCGAUCGUGA